AUGUCCAAAGUCAGCAAAAGACAGGAAAUCAAGGAAAAGGAAGCCUUGCAGGCCAGGUUCCAGCUAGCGUUUAAGCAGCAAAGCGCAAAAGUUCUGUCGUGGCUACCGACAGAAACACAAACGAACAAAACAGACGCGAGUGAAAAGAGCGAGUCGAGACUCGCAGAACGAGCCGAGUUUCUCAAUCUUCCGAUCAUUCUGCAGGGAAGCGGCCUUUUCGAGCUCGAAAACGAAGAAAACUCGGGCAAAACCGGAGCAAGUACCAUUGGAUCAUUCAUUUCGUCAGAGGAAACGAAGAAAAUUGCGCCGCCAGAAAGGAAGGGUGCGCCCGCAUCGAAGGCGAUGAGCUCGUUGAUGAACAAGAUGCGCGGAGAUACGAGACGGCAGAUCCAUGAACGUGAACGCGAGAAGAGUCGGUUCAAAAUGAAGGAGCCGCAGCGGGCGGUCGUGGAGCCGGAAAGCGAUGAGGAGCUGAAGCUGGCGCAGAUCCAGCGGAAGGUGUUCAAGCCGGCGGUGGGCGGGAAGAAGAAGGCGCGGCCGUUUUAG